CUCAAAAGCAAAAAUUAAAACUUCUGUCUGUGGGGUUUGGUUGGAUCCGACAAUGAAGAAAAUAGAUUUGAAGAAGAAGAAGACUACGGAGAGAGUGCUCUGCGAUUUCUGCGGAUCAUCAAGCAACAGAUAUGAACACACACAAGAAGAAGAUCAAGAUGAAACUCAGCUGUUGAUUGAGAGCGAACUCAAGCGACUAAGGCUUUUGACCAGGAGAAUGACUGGUAAGGAUCUCCACGGCCUAACUUUCGCUGAGCUUCUAUUACUUGAAACCCUUCUUAACCAAGUCUUGCUCCCCGUGAAGAAACUCAAGAAGAAGACAGAGCUAGAAGAAGAGGAAAGCCUGCCCAACCAGGUAACUUUGCAGUGUCAAACUCAGAUUGAAUACGAGAGACGUAGCUCUGAAUCCAUCGAGAACGAAUUUGAGAGAUUAUGGCUGUUGAAGGAGAGGAUGAAUGGUAGAGAGCUGGCUGGUAUGACUUCCUCUGAGCUCCGGUUACUUGAAGGUGAGAUCAACUGUGGAUUACAAGGGUUGCAUGACCAAAUGUUUGGACCGAGAAUGGACCAAAUUGCAUCGCAGCAAAAAGAGAAAUUGAUCACUCAGUUGAGAGAUGUGGAAGAGAGACUUGGAACAAGAUAGUUCUUGAAGAACACUUUGAGCAAUGACGACAAGGAUGUUGUCCCUCACUCAAGUCCUAUAAUUUAAUCUUUAUACUUUAACUAAGUGUGUAAUUUAACACUUUAAUUAUUCUUUUUUGACUAACCUUUUGGUUUUCAAUCUCAAAAUUUAUUCUAAAAAGUGAGACAAACAAAAAAAAAGGGGGCAAAAAUAUAAUACUGAUAUGGAAAAG